GAAAGAAGCUACAUGUACCAUGAAACCUGUGUAUGAAAUAUGUGCAACUGAUUUUAAUUUAAUGCAGAAAAGGGAAGCAAAUGUAACCAUUUUUCAGUUUAAUCGUGUUAUGUUUUAGUGACUUGGGUCGGUGUGGUUAAAACAUCUUGGAGUUCUGCUCUCGGUCUAUAUAAUCUAUAAGAUUAUAUGUCGGUGUGUGUUGCGCUGAUGUGACUUUUUAACCACUCAACUAGUCCUGAAAUCCAUUUUUUUUUUGGCACAUUGAUUUGUUUGGGGGUGAUUUGGGCUUUAAUUUUGUAGAUUCAAACCGGAUGUUUCGUGUGAUACAACUCGAGCACCUUGACAGCAGCCUCCCCAGCAGCUGAGUCUCUCCUCUCCACUGAGAGAGAGAGAGAAAAAAAGAGAAAAGCUCACUCGCAGUCAAAAACAAUGAGGGCGCACGACGCGCAACUCGCUCCAAGCGUCUCCAAACGCGGCGGAGUUUUUCCUCCCGGAGGAUCCGUAGCAUGCGUCUGUGCGCCAACCGGAGGGAGAAGGACCACAGGAAUAUAACUUGACUAUCUGCGGAGUUUGUUAUCAUUUUCAGGGAGAGGAAUAAUGCCUUUCUGCAAGCGGACGAUACUUCCGAAAGAUGUGUGCAAGCCCGACGGCGGGAGGCUGCUGGAGCUUCACCCGCAGCAGCAGCAGCGGCAGCGGCGGCGGCAGCAGGCGGAGGUUUUCGGGGACUUGGCGGACGUGUGCGGCUUCACCCUGUGCUCGGUGCUCCGGCAGCUCUCGGAUCUGUCCCGGCACUCGGUGAGCAUCCUGGAGGAGCUGGAGGGAGAGCUGGUGUCCAUCUGCCACCGGUCCGGCGCGCUGGAGGGCAGAGUGGUCCGGCUGCAGAGGCACGUCGCGGACCUGAUCAGCAAACCUCCACCGAGAACCACCAGUGGUCUAGAGGCGGAGGGCGGCAGGCGCGGCGGCAGCAGCAGCAGCCACGGGGACGGCAGCCACAGCAGCAUCAGCGGCGGAGGAGGAGGCAGCAGCAGCGGCGGCGGUGGCGGCGGCGCGGCCCACUUCAGGUCUCCAUGGCAACAGAGCGUGAACGUGUUCGGCUCGUGGAGCAGGCCGGAGUGUGUCGAGGAGCUGCACCAGCAGGCGCAGCUCAACCUCCAGAGCCUGCUGCAAGACUUUGAGGAGCAGUUGUACGACACCAAGCUGACCGGUCAGACUUUCCGGCAUCCGUCCUCGCAGAGCUCCGACGACACGUCCACCUCGCUCAGCCGCUCGCCCAUCUCCAUCAACAACAAGAGGCCUGACUUCAUCUUCCUGCCGGCGUCCAAACAGCUCUACGAUGAUGAAACCACCUCCUCGGUGUUCGGACUGAGGUCCGUGACCGACCCGUCUCCCUCCCCGACCCCGUCGCCCUGCGGCUCGGAUCGCCCCCCGCUGGGUUGGAGCAGCAACAACAGCAGCAGCAGCACCGCCACGUCUGCCACCAUCGGACCUCCCGUCGCAGAGAAACCACGCUGGCACCUCGGGAGACGCACGCCGGGUCACUUCAUACCGCUCGACAUCACAGGUGAAGGAGAAGGAGGGGGAGGUGGAGGGAAAUUCCACGGCGUCGACCUCCUCCAGCACUCCCCGUCCCCAUCCCCCUCUCCAGGGGACCCCUUCCCCCACCAGCCCCGCUCCCUGGAACCAGUCACGGACACCUUCCACCAGAACCUCCCCCUGAGAAAGACUCACUCUGACCUCGACACAACCUCACCUGCAGAUAACCUUUUGGAGCAGCGUGCCCUGGACCGACUUCAUCCAGGAACUAUGGACCACUCUGGGCUACUGUGCUCAAACACUUCCUGGAACGGACCUAAGGGCUCCACCUUUUCUCCCGGAGCGUGGAACGAGCCUUACAAUUACAGCAUGAACAAAGGCCCAGCAGUUCCGCCCAAACAGCACAGCAUCAUUGGUAAUGCAGGAGGGAAGCAGGACGGGGUGAUGCUGGUGGGCUCAGGACAGUCGGCAAGCUCACAUUCCAGUUCAUUCACAUCGGUGACAAACUCCUCUGGGAGAGGAGGGAAUCACAUGCCAGGGAUUUCACUGGCAGCGGCCAUGAUGGGGAAGCGCAGUGAGACGGAAGGAGCUGCAGCAGAUGGAGGGAGAGGAGGAGGAGGAGGGGAGGCACCAAGAGGUCGAGAGAGGUCGGCGCGUUCCAUAGCAGCAGCAAAUGCCUUCAAGUUCCGGGAGCGUUCCCUUUCCACGCCCACUGAUGCUGGUUCCUUCUGCUUUACAGAAGGAGGUUUAGACCAGCAAGACGGGAAUAUCUUGACCACAGGGAAUGGGAAUGCCAUGGCAACAGCAAAUCACCAACAACAGCAUAAUAACUUCCUGGGAUUGGGUGAGAACUAUGCACUUCUCUACCCUAGAGGAAGCUCCGAAGACAGUGCUAGUACCACAGAUACAAUCUCCGUCACAGCUUCAGACUACAGCGGAGAUGGCCGCCUGCGCCUACGCUCACGCUCCAUCUCGCUUAAGAAAUCCAAGCGCAAGCCGCCACCUCCCGUGAGGAGCGUCUCUCUCAUGAAGAACCUUGGAGAAGCCGAGGGGAGAAUCCACCAUGGUGGACUUUACAGGGACGGCAGGCCAAAGAGCCUGCACAUCCCCAGGGACCACUUUCCAGACUUCCAGCCCGAUUUUCUGCUGCCCAGCUCGUCAUGCUCCUCUAAAGCCAGUGUGGGUGAGCGGGAGCAGGGCCAUGGAGGCCAUGAUGGACCCCCAAGUUUGGAGGUCCAGGCACCAGACAGGGAGGGAGAGACCGAGCUGACCUUCCCUACUCACUGGCAGCUGGGAGAGUGGAAGAACGAUCCCUACAGGUCUCUCUCAGGCUCCAGCACAGCAACAGGUACCACAGUAAUUGAAUGUAUGAAAGUCAGAGGCAGCUCGGAGUCCCUGCUUGAUUCUCCCUCAACCUCCAGAGCCACCUCACCCUCACAGCUCUCCAUGGAAACUGACAUCAAAGCAUCCUCCCCUUUCAAACCCCCAGGACUCAUGUCCCCAUCAAGUGGCUAUUCCAGCCAGUCAGAGACUCCCACUCCAACGGUUCCACUAAAUCAAAUGGCAGGUCAAGGCACAGUAGGGACAAUAGGGACAACAGGGACAUUAGGGUGCAAGUUGCGCCCAAAGAUCCCAGAAAGGAAAUCAUCCCUGCCAUCACCCAAGGACCCGACUGCAAGGUCUAGGCUGUCCUUUGAGAUGCCUGGGAAUGCACAUCUCGAGCUGUCAUCAAUCAAGCCAAAGCAAAAGGCCAGCAGACGGCAUUCUGACACCUCGACAGCAGCAAAACCAGGAAAAAUCAGCCCCAACUCUUCGCAGGCAUUGCCUGUGGUUACCCAGAAUGAGCUGAAGACGAUUCGGCUUCGCUCUGUCUCUCGAGGCGACUUGGAGGACUGCCCUGAUGGGGCCUCAGACACCAUUGAGGAAGAGCAGCAUGGCCGUGACCUAGGAGAGGACCCCAGCCCGCCACCCACCCUACCAAAACCCAAGCCACCUGUUGCUGUCAAGCCUCCAUUGCCCAAGCGGCCCAUUAACCUCCUCCUCAAGUCUCCUUCCCCGUCUUCCACAUCCCCCUUAGCCCUCGACUCACCUCCUGGCUCACCUGUGGAUCGACCUGUGCCCCUAGGCAACAUUUACAAAGUCAUGAAAAAACCCAAACCCAAGAAACCUCCAACACAAACCCCAACAAGUCCUGGUGUUCUCCCAGAUUAUACCAUGACUUCACAAACUGCCAAUGAUCAUCCAUUCAUCCCCCAUUCCCAGUCCCUCUUUGAUCUCCCUCCUCUUCCAGACCCCCAGCCUCUCCUGGAGGACCCAGUGAUGGAGCCUGAGUUUGAUGCAGACCCAGAGAUCCAUCUUGGUCCUGAGGAUGGAGGCUCACUACCCUCUCCCUGCAGUAACCAGGAGGCCCCAGAGCUCCAGGACAAGAGCAAGACACUCCCCUCAAGGAUGACAAUUUCCUGCCUGGCAGAGUUGUCGGACAAAAAGAAACCCAAGGUUCCACCUCCAGUCCCCAAGAAGCCGAACGUCCUGCUUCUUCCCUCGUCCGUCCACUCCUCCACCAACGGCAGCACAGAACGCCAGACGCCACAGGCCGACAGUCCUGUGGGUCUUCGGUCUCCUGUAGGAGCUUUCUCACCAGAGGAGUUUCCCAGUACUCCUAAUGUUUCCAAUAUGACCGAGCAUGAUGAGAACCACUUGGGAACAGACGAGGGGAGCUCAAAAGAGUCGUCACUUCAGUCAUCUCUGCAGGAUUCUUCCCUCACAGAGCUAGAAGGGAAGAUGGCCAGCACUGGGAUUGGGGCAGAUGACGCGGCAGCCAGCGAGAAGACGGUACUCCACAUCGCCGAGGAAACAGAUGACGACUUGUUGGCCAGCACACCUGCAACACACACCACCGAAGACCUGUUCACUAUCAUUCACAGGUCGAAGCGAAAGGUUCUAGGUCGUAAGGAGCCGUCGGACUCCUUCGGCAGCCGUCAGAGCCUGGUGUCCCCAGUGAAGCACAGCACCAGCGGGAGCGACAUCCGAAAUCUGACCUUGGGCAGCAGUCAGAGGUCGAGCUCCCGCAACGAGAACUUCAUGGCCCUGCUUCAGAAGAAAGGCAGCAAGUCUUCCAGCGGAGGAGCCAGAGUCUCUGCUAUGGAGCUUCUCAAAAGCACAAACCCUCUGGCACGGCGGGUCACAGAGUUUUCAAGCACCUCGCCGACAGCCGGCGAGGGAGGAGACACAACAUCUGGGUAUGGAAAACCAAACGAUCAAUGAGUGGAGGUAUCAUUAACGGAUGUUUACCAGGUCCGUUUGCUGUCGAAAAAGCUACCAACCAAUUCUACAAAGUGCCAUCCACUGCAGACGGGGCCCAAUGACUAACACGUCCAACCGGAUCGCUCCAACUACUGAUUGACCAUUUGCACUGUCCAAUCGAAUUGGAGCACAUUUUUUGGACAGAAUGGUCCCUCCAAUGGUUGAAGCACCAUUGUUCCCAGUCAUACCGGUCCCUGUAGGAAAGCAGGAAAUCUGCGGAGCAAAGUUUAAUUAUCAUUCAAAGAUGGUAGGUGUUAAGUCUCAAGGCUGAAUGGUGUUUACCUUGUUGGGAAAAACAAGGAAAAUGUGUGGAGACUGGAUGGAUUCACGGAUGGUGGUGUAGAAACUGGGAAUAUAAGGAUACACAGUGGAUAUCGUCGCUCCUGGCUCCUUCUGGAUGAAGACAACAAAAGUCCCUGAUGACGACAAUGGUCAAUUAUAUGAAUCUGUAACCAAUACUGAUCCACUAGGGUACCACAGAGGAUCAGUCAUCAAUCCAUGAAAUGAAUCCCUGAAAAAAAUGGAAUAACUUCCAAAUGAUUCAACCAAAACCCUCCAAUCAGUACCGCACCGACACCUGUAGACCUACUUGGAUUGAGAGGUAAAUCAUUGACAGCGUGAUGAGACACCGGAGAAGGCAAAUGUGUCCAACCUCUCGGACUGUGUCUUCUCUCUAUGGUGAACACAACACCAUAGCAGCCAUCAGCACUGAACAGAACAGUCCGAUUCGAUCGGACGAGGCGCAGGAUUUACAAAGAGAGAAACCACAUGGGGGCUUUUUGCCACCAAAGAUGAUUCGCGAGCACGUCACGGACGCUGCUGCUCGUGCUGCGAACACGAACCUUCACAAAACAUUCCACAGAAGCACCCAGCAAACGGACGACGUUUUGGAACGCAAGCACUUUUCUUUUUUUUUUCCUUGGUGGUCGUUUACAUGGCGCAUCAUUAAUCAUUAUUUCUACAGCCGUUAUUUAGAUUUAUUAUUUUUUUGCCAUUUAUUUUUCCUACACAUGCUAGAUGGCCAUAUACUGUACAUGUCUAACUGGAUUGUACUAUACGAAUCGUGUACAAAGAUAAAUGUUACGCAUCUAUCAACACCAUUUGUGGACACAGAGACUAAAAAUAGUGUACAGAGCAGCAAGCAGCUUGGACUAUAAACUGUCCACACGAUGGAGGGAAAACACACACUCGAACACACACCGAAGCGCAGAGAGACUACGGAGUAAUGCCAUGAAAAAACAAACAGAGCAGACCCAUCUACACAAGUGUGUGUGUGUGUGUGUGUGUGUGUGUGUGUUACACAAGUGUGCGCAGAUGAUAUCUCGCCUGUGGAGUUUUCUGUACGGAGAGUAUGAAGCAGGCCUGGUUAUUAAACAGGGUUUUUAUUCAUUGCGGUCUCUGGUGAUGGGACCAAAGGACUGUUAAAGACUACAAACAGACCAGAGGGAACCUAACGGUGUGCAUGUGUGUGAGUGUGUGUGUGUGUGUAUGUGUGUGUGUGUGUCUGUGUGUGUGCGUUCAUAUGUGUGUAUAGAGGGAAGUGCCAAGAACAAAGUUGGAGAUGGAGUGAGAGGAAAGACGAGUGCACGUACACGUGCCUGUUUUUGUGUGUGUGUCCUCACUUCAAGUGUGGUGUGUCCGUGUGUGUGUGCAUGUGUGUGUGUGUGUGUGUGUGUGUGUGUGCAUCGUCACCCUGCACUCCCACCCCCCUCCUUUUCCUCGGGACAGGAGUAGAAGGGUUAGUCGUGAAGCAGCUCCAAGCCCACCAACACCCCACCAACCCACACGGGGAACCCAAAGGGAAUCCGGAAAACCAACAGGAUUCCGGAAUCAAGAGGACAUCGGGAACUAGUGGAUUACAAGGGCGAAAGGAUUCCGGAACCCAAACGCACAGUUUGGAAUCCCGGAAUCUCGUGACAGCGCCACAGCUCCAGCCAGAGAGUCGGGACUGCAGUGUCGCUGUGGCGUUACGGAGCCGAGUAGUUUGUUUGGACCUCCUCCGUGCACGUUUUUCACACUCCUGCUCUUCGUCUCCGAGGGGUUUUGCUCCUCCUCCUUUCCCGCUCAUUCCUCCUCCUCCUCCUCCUCCUCUCAUCCCUGCUGGAGCGCACACUCCAUCUGUCUCUCUGCAUAUAGCAUCUUCUCUCUUCUGGCACAUACAGUAGCACACUCUCUCCCUCUUUCUUCCCCAAACACUACAACCUCUCUUGGUUUUAUUCACGCAUACUGUAGCAUCGCUCUCUCUAUCCCUCUCCCUCAUUUCUUACUCUCCAACCUUCCCCCAUUGUCCGUUAACCUUCCCGUCUCUUUUCUCUGCCUCUCUCUUCCUCCUCUCCGCCCCUCUGCAUUCAGUCUAUGCAUCUGAGCUCGGCAGACGACACGACACCGGAUGAAUGUCAAUGAAUGACUGUUAAGAAAAAAAAAACAAAAAAACGAUGCUGUGCUUAGUUUGAGAGUGCAACAAAACAUCUUUCUAUCAGCGCUUAUCUUCUGCCUUCUCUAGUUCUCGUUCUCUGAGUUUUUAUACUUUUUUCUUUAUCUUCUUCUUUUUUCGAGUAUCCGUGUGACAUGGAGUUAACAUGGAGGAAUGAAGGAACGGAUCUGUGCACAAACACGGAAACAGGCAGGGUUUGAUUGUGUUUUUGGCAUUAAAGGACCUCGCCUUUUUGGACUGGGAACGAAACAACCCGGUGGUCUUUGACCCCCCCGACCGACCCUCAGUUCUUGAUCACUGCGUGGACGGUCUGAGAAUGCUGGAUUAGCAGUGGUUCAGCUCUAACACCUGACUUUUCCCCAUGCAUGGACAGACCUUGUGGGCGGGAGGAGGGAACCUUUCAUCUCUAGACUCCCAGUCGGCAAACUAUCCCUCGGUGCUAUUGAGUCAGAGCUCCCCCUGGUGGACGGAAGAAGGAGGAACCACUAUGUAACAACAAGGAAGGUUUAAAAAAAAUAAAUAAAAGAACUCCUCCGCACACAUCUCUCUUCCCUACAACAGUCCUUCAGGUAUUCCAUCAUCCUGAGAAAAAAGAAAAAGAUUUUAAAAAACGCAUAAAUUAUCACCAUUUAUGAUGACUAGUCAAGUGACGCUUGUUUUAAAUAUUUAGUGAAUGAAAAAAAAAGAUAAACCUAUAAAACUCUGUGUUUGUUUGCCUUGUAUACUGAAUUAUGGGUGUGUUGCUGCAGCGCCCACUGUGUUUUUUGUUUUAUUUUAUUUCAUAUUAUUUGUAUUAUUUUAUUUCAGCUGCCUUGGUGGUACACACUUAAACACAACCUUUGCAAAAAAAAACAAAAAAACAAAAUCUGACCAAAACAAGAGUACAGGUGUUAAAGGGAGCGUUUAUUGAUACAAGUUUGGAAAUCUGGUGUCACAGAUGACGCGCGCCUCAAGUGACUCAGAUAUAUCCAGUGUUUAAUAAACAAAUGUUUGCCCAAAUCUGCAUUCAUACUGUAUAAAUGUAUGCAGAGUUUAACAGUCAGUGACACUUUUCCCUUUUAGAGCAAUAUCCCUCAAUUUAUCUGAGAUCAGAUAAGAGACAGUUGAAGGGAUCGAAAAACUACAAAAUGUAUGUUAUAAACUAAACUCAGAUUUUAAGUAGUGGGACAGAGAAGAGAUAUGGGUACAGUGUUAGUAGAGGAAGCGCGUGUUGUUUCAGCACAGUAACUGCAGGAAUAGUUUCUUAUUAAAAAGCGUUAUGUGGUGUGUAGACAGGUGCAUCGAAAUGAGACCAGAUGCAAGAAUAAAUGUUGGCAUUUUGCAUUCCUGCAAAUAACUGAUAAGUUCAAAUGUGUUUGUGUUAUACCCGUCAUAUUGUGAUUUCUACGGGAAAACUACUUCUGGAUUAAGACCCCAAAACAUCUUCGUUAGGGCCAGAAAACAUUGUUGUUUUGUUUAAAAUAUACAUUUCUUAAGUUGUGAACUUACGUACAUCAUCUACAUAAUUACAAAUAUGUCACUUUACUGUGUUAGUGCUGGAAAAAAUAAUUCACUCUGGACUUUUUGAACUGUUCAAGACUUUGGUCCAACAUUUGUCGGUGAGAAACCACAAGAUAUUUCUAAUGAGACGUCAAAGUGUGUUCCAGCCAUCUUUGUGGCUGUAAAACAAGUAUUUUAAGCUAAAUCAUUAACUUUUCCAAAUGCUGACCAGGUGUUUUUUGUAUGAAGAGCAUUGUCAAAUCCAAUCAGUGUUAUUUUAUGUGGCCCGAAACCACAAUCACAUUGCACAGCGGGCUUUACAAUCUGUACAGUGAACAACGUCCUCUGAGGAAGAACGCUUUAAACCACAGAACUGAAAUUUGAACCCAAAGAAACUUCAGGUUUUGACUCAUCAGUGGUUUGCAGGAAUGCACAUUGCAGACAUUCACUCUGGCAAUACAGUUGUCUAAAAAAAGUGAGACUGUCAGGAAGAAGGUGUCACUUCCAGCAUGUGUUCGGGAUCAACAAACCACACUGUUGUUUGACUUGUUUCCUUGAGUAAACAGAUGGCACAUUUGCUUUCGUCAGACUGUGAUAGGUAGAGGUACAAAGAAACAUAUGGGUAUACAGGUAAAGAGGGUGCUGUCCCUUUUUUGGGGGAUAUAACCAUUUAAUAAAAGAGAAGAACAUUUAAUAUUUUGCAGUUUUUACACAUAUUUCUCCGAGGCAGAGCUGCACCCGGGGCAGAAAACAUCUCACUGGUUGGGUUGAUCAUCAGUGGGCGCCGCUAGAGAACCUGUUGGGACUUUACUGCCAACUUGGUGCCAUAUUUUUGCUACUUUUUACUUCCACUAACAACAAUCUUUGUGGCCCUUGGUGUGUUCGGUUGAUCCCUCUUCAAACACGGGGAAACUAGUUGAGAAUAUCACAGCCUGAAACGCGGCUCUGCCUCCAGGAAACGUCUGUAAAGCUGAAUUAGCAAUCUCUAAAAUAAAGUUGACAACAUAUUAUAUUGAAAAAUGAACAUUUCUAUAAAGUGUGAAAAGAGAGCUGACACUCAGAAAUAUAUAUUGAAUAUUUAAUCCAUUAUCCCUGGGACAAAUCGGGGAGAGAGGAAGGAGGGGAAAAUGAUGGCGUGGAGCAAAGGUUUGAUUGUGCUGAAUGGGGGGAUUACCACCACGUACUCCAUCAUCUUUUCCUUCACCUCCUCCCUCCCUCCUCCUUCAGCCGUCGUGUGACUCAGAGGAGUAAUCACGUUAAAAGCUUUUCCCUCUCUCUCACUCUCUCGUUUUCUUGCCUGCAAAGUGAUAAAAGGUACGGGGGGGAAACAGAAAAGAAGAAGGUACAGAGCUCUGUUAAUUGAUUUUGUUUUGUUGUUUUUUUUGUUUUUUUUUAACGGUCGGUCUCUGCAGAUGCAGCCGAACAGCAGCCUGUUGCUAAGAGACGUACAGUAAAUAAAAGCUGUGUAAAAAAAGAAAAAAAAGUUAAGCUCGAGUUCAGCCGAGGAUCAUUUUUCUCUAACAGAUCGUUCGUCUGAGAAAGGUAAACAAAGCUUGUGUGAAAAACCUGUUCAGGGAUUUGUUAAGUCUAAUGAAUUUUGGCUGCUGAAGGCCGAACCGGCACGAACAAAUCAAACAUCCCUUCAGACUUUAGACUGUUAGAUCUAGUUGAACACAAGUCGUCUCAGGAUACUGAGCUACGACACGAGUCCAGACUGUUACUUCACCGUUUUGUGAAGCAAUCUACCAUAAAAUUGCACAACCAGCAAGAACCUGGGAGUGCUAGAACAAGCUUUUAAUCACAAUGGAUUGGAAGAAGGAUCAGUGCUUCUCUGAAUAGAGGCAAAAACAGCCCUCGUGGUGGGUUUGCAUUGGAUCAUAAACUAUAAUUGACUUGUUAGGACAUAAAACCAUUCAUCCGUCCAUCUUUACAAAUCAACACUUAAUUGACAUGGACACAAAGCCAUGUUUAAUUUCGAACCGUGACCUGAAAAUGAAACCUAAACUCAGAUCACAUUGUUGAUUUAGAGAAUCCUGAUGUCCGUUGUAAUUGACAUACUCUUGAAAUCGUGAUUCUGGAAAAAUUAGCUCCGGUGGUCAUCGUUGUAGUUUUGGGAGUCAUUGGCGGAUGACCUAUCUUUGGUUUUGGGUAGUAGAGUAAUAGCGUGUCUUUAACAUGCAUGAUGAGCUAUAACUAAUCUUAGAAGAUCACUAAUCACACUAAAACUAAAACAAUUUUUGGGUGAAUUGCCCCUUUUUCGGUCAGUUUUAAAUCAGCUUUUACGAGAGAGUGAGAGACGGUGAACAGAAAAGAGGGGUGAUGGUUGCAGAUUUGGGCCAAAGAGUAUAUUUGUUUCAGGGUAGGUGGUGUUCACAGUGUUUGGACAUUUGAGGGGUACACCAGAGUGGCUGCCCAUCACAAACAAAAAAACAAAAAAAAAUGAGGUCCUUCUCUGUAAACUCCACCCGCCUGCCACUCCAAGCAACACAAAACAAACAUCCCCCAAACUCAAUUGUAACCCCGGUUCAGGGGCCGUACAGGCAGCUUAUAAAGACACAGAGAUGAUCAUUAGACAGACAUAGAGAGAGAGAGAGAGACUGACAGAGUUAUUUGGAAUUAUUCUAUUUUUGUUAUGCCCCCCAACUGAAGAAGACAUAUUUAAAGGAAUAUUCCGUGUAUGUAAUGAAUAACCUCUGUUCCCCAUCCAGUGGUGUGAUCCGUAGCUGUGAGGUGGCGUCACACAGGAACGCUUCCCUCCGCAGCUCUGCGAUGCCAAUGUGAUGAAAUUAUUAUAUCAUUAUAAAUAAAUUAUUUUUCUUGCUUAAAAAAGAAAAAAAAA